CCACUCAAAGAAAAAAUGAUAAGCCUUUACCACCACCACAAAAUCUUCCCAAACCAGUGUAGCUCAAGCCUGGUCCAAACCAUAGACGCACCACUCCCUCUAGUCUGGUCCAUGGUUCGAUGCUUUGACAACCCACAAACCUACAAGCGGUUCAUAAAGAGUUGCACCAUUCAAGCCGGUGAUGGAGGCACCGGAAGGGUACGUGAAAUCAAGGUUAUGUCAAGGUUACUUGCUCAAUUGAGUAUUGAGCGACUCGACAAGCUUGAUGACGACAGGCAUGCUAUGAUGGUCAACAUUAUCAGCGGUGAUCAUAGGCUUCUGAAUUAUAAAUCAACCACAACCCUCCACAUGGAUGAUCGAGAGAAUGGCGAUGGGAAGACCGUUGUGAUAGAAUCGUACGUUGUUGAUGUGCUGGAGGGCAAUAGUAAGGAAGAUACAUGUUUGUUUGCUGAUACUAUCAUAAGGUGUAACCUUAAAUCCUUGGCUAACAUCAGCGAGAGGAUGGCUUGCGAGUUGCAAGGCUAA